GGCGCUGCUGGCACUGAGGGCGCGUUGGGCCGGGGCUGGGUUCUGUCCCCGGCCGCUGUGGGAGGCGGCUUGCGGGGCAAGAGGGAGGGGGCGGAGGCCGAGGAGGAGAGGUCUUUGUUUCCUUAAAUCUCUUGCUCGACUUGAAGUUUCAUCUCUGGGCAAGUAACCUCCGAGACCCGGGGAUAGGGAGCGGGACCCGCUGCAGGUGAGGGGGUCUAGAGGAGACCCUCGGGGAUGGUCCCUGGUGAGCUGCGCGGUGGUGCAAAGCUGGACUGGUCCCCAGAAAGACGAAGCCGAGGUUUCUUCCUCUGAACGUUUGGCAUGUUCUCUGACCUGCCUGUGGCCUUAGUUUUCAGUCCUGUGUUGCACAUUUAUAUUUGUGGUACAGUUCUCCAUCUGGCGCGUUAAAGGCAGGUUCCGGAAAGGGUAGUUGUAAUCCUGAGAAAGUGCAAGAUCCUCAGCUCUGUGCAUGUCCUUCUUAGCAACUGUCAUAUACUGUCUCCUUGUGCAUAUGUCUGAGAUUCCCUAGGGCAUCUACCUAUGAAUGACAUUGUUGGAUUGAAAGGAAUUUCUUCACAUGGCUCCUGAAGAAGUGACCAUCACAGUUCGCCUCAUUCGUUCCUUUGAACAUCGCAAUUUCAAACCUGUAGUGUAUCAUGGAGUUAACUUGGACCAAACUGUAAAAGAAUUUAUAGCAUUUUUAAAGCAAGAUGUUCCUUUAAGGACCAGCCUGCCACCACCAUUCAGAAAUUAUAAAUAUGAUAAACUAAAGAUCAUUCAUCAAGCACAUAAAUCAAAGUCAAAUGAACUUGUGUUGAGUUUGGAAGAUGACGACAGACUCCUGCUAAAGGAAGACAGAACUCUGAAAGCAGCUGGAGUUGCCAGUGAAACUGAAAUUGCAUUCUUCUGUGAAGAAGAUUAUAAGACCUACAAAGCUAAUCCCAUUUCAUCCUGGUGAAAACAUCUCGGGGGCUGCCUUUUUGCAUACCUGUAUUAAGCUCUUUAUUCCACUACUGAGUUUUUGAAAUUGACAAACAAAUCUUAAAAAAUUAAUCCCAGGCUCUACUGUUUGAGCCAAAAUCUGGUGAUUUCUCUCUCUACAGUUCUCCUCUCUCUCUCUUUCUUGUUGUAAAAUAAUCUAUUAUGAGGAAAACAUUUUAUUUUUUAAAAGUGAAGUAAACUGUUAUU